AUGUUGCCCUCUCAUAGCUCGGAAAUUUGCUUCGGAACACCAUUCACGCGUCGCUACAAUAAUUCUCAUAAUCAUAUUGGUUAUCGUAUUGAACUUGUCUCUGCUAGUCUUGAAAGCGGCAGAGGAUUUUCUAGUGUUACAAGUAGUUUUCUCGGUGGUGUGAAAGGUUUUGCAAUCUUUUACAUUAAUGAUGGCAGUUUUAGCAAUUUCAUUAUCUCCUGGUCGGUUCCUACAAUUGGCUCUCCUAAAUAUGAAAUCCUUGGUCAUGAUCUAUCAGAGUAUUAUAACAUUGUUCUCGAACAUGAUCCGUCUGAAAGAAGAAAUAUGCUUCACAGUGUUCCAAAUCUUGACCCUCCAAAUUAUGCUCCACCAGCAUACUCCUCCUAUUCUAGCAUUCCAUAUCGGGAAUCCGGAAACAGAAUAAUAACCCAUUCUGUUAAACAUUUCUAG